AUGAAUGUUUUGCUGGCAAUGUUCAAGAAGGAGCUGGAAAAGAUAGGAAUUGAUGCAGGUAGCUACACAAAGCAGAAGCUGAAAGCACGAUUGAUGGCUCAUUUUAAGGAACGUCUUGUUUUCCAUCAGUCACCUCAACAAUCCAGACCGGAAAUUGUUUUCAGCAGAUCCAUCUCCUUAAUUGAUGUCAUAAAUGCAGCAAGCACUUGUCCAUUACGUGACGAAACAAACUCUAUCAGCAUGGAUAAGCCAGAGUCAGAAACUUUCAGUUUCCUAGACAUCUACACUAUAGCUUCCAUUAUCAGGCGGGAGAUGCUGAGAUGUGAGGGCAUUAACAUCAACCCACUUGACAUCCGAGAUUUACACUUGGAUACUGCAAAAUCUCUUCUUCCCAAGAGCCUUUAUUGGCUUAUCAGGUGGAUUGUUACUGGAGAACAGUACAGCGACGACUCACCUUCUAGUGCAAGGAGUACAACCGAUGAGCGGAAGAUUGUUAUGGCUGGGCAGGAUCUUAUUCAUUGUGCAUCACAUGCCAGAGUAAAGCUGCCCAAGCACGUAGGUCUCGCUAUGACCGUCAAGCACUUAAAUGGUUCCAAACAACUGAUAACACUUUUAAACAGAAUGGGUUACUGUUCUUCCUAUGAAGAGAUCGAACAAGUGGAGACCAGCUUGGCAAAUGAAAGCUUAGCGAGAGCACAUGCCAGUGGUGUUGUGAUCCCUACUAACAUAAGACCUGGUGCAUUCAUUCAGUUGGCGGCUGAUAACAACGAUAUUAAUGAAGAAACCAUCGACGGCAAGAACACAACGCAUGCAACAACACUUGCUAUAUAUCAGCCAAAGCAGUACGGUCCUCUGCCAGAACGGAUUGUGCUUGCUGACCACUCCAAGAAGAAGCGAUCACUGGAUUCUGCUCAAAAUGUAGUUGCCAUGGAGGAAGUUAGUUUCGGAGGCAGACGUCCUACUUUAACUAAUUUUGUUGGGAACGAUGUUAUUACCUGGUUUCAGUGCGACCAACAGUUUCUAUCUGUCCGCAUGGAUGACCUUUGCUGGAUGUUACUUCGUCUUUCUGAUCCUCUCAUGGCAUCUAAUCAACAGUCUCUAGAGGAACAGACUAUACCUGGUUGGAAAGGGUUCAAUGCCAUCACACACCCCACCAUUCCUGUGAAGACCAAUAUCGGCUAUCACCCAAUGAUCCAUGCAGAGUCUAGUAACUUUAGCACUCUUUACACCCUGAUGAAACUGGCCCAAAAGAUAUGCGACACAAUGGGACAGCACGAUUCUGUAAUUACCUUUGAUCUUGCCCUCUACGCAAAAGCUAAGCAGCUA